AUGUGUGCCCUUCCUAUUCACGCGCUAGUAGCACGUCAACCAGGCUCCGAGCAAGAUUUGGGGCCGUUUCUCAAUGUCGUCACUUGGGUCCUUCUCAUCACAUCUGCGCUAGCGGUCCUGACACGAUUGAUCACGAAGAGGGCGCUGAGAAGGCGAAUGGAUAUCGAUGAUGCCUUUGUUGUGGCAGCACUGUUAACAAGCAUUGGCUCCGGUAUUGCAGUUAGCGUUCAGGUGUCAAACGGGCUUGGUAGGACCAUCUCGUCACUACAGGCCAGCCAAGUCGGAACCUACGAAAAGGCCGAAUAUGCAAACCGACUUCUAUACAUCGCCACCUUGGCGUUCGCGAAGCUAUCGAUCAUCUCGCUUCUGAUGAUCCUCACUGCCGCCGACUUGCACCGUAGGUUUUGCUAUAGCAUGACGGCUGUCAUAGCGCUUUGGGGCGUCGUCUCUGUUUUUGUCGGCGCUUUUCAAUGCGGCAUAGAUGAGCCGUGGCGCUUUAUCGGCCCAGGAAACACUUGCUCCAACAUGCCCUCGUUCUGGCGAGCCAUGGGCGCAAUUAACAUGCUUACCGACCUGGCGCUCAUCUUCUUCCCCGUUCAUGUUAUCGCUACACUGCAGAUGAGUGCAGUCCAAAAGCUCACCAUUCUCAUAUUCUUCGGCGCCCGAUCUUUGGAUGUAAUCGCGACGGGCGUUCAGCUUGCGUAUACUUCCGCCUUCUCUUCUCCGGACCCGACUCGCGAUCUAUGGAAGUGGACGCUUACCACCCAGAUCAUCGAAUGCAUUACGAUACUCACAUCUUGCGUUCCUUAUCUUCGACCUCUUCUCGAAUCACUACCUUCUGGUCUAUACGGUGCUGAUGAGAUACGACGCCGAGGCACCCCAUCGGAACUGGGCUAUUCUCGCAGCAAGAGUGUAUCAUACAAACUAAGCACACAAAACUCAACUACAGACGAAACAACCAAAGGGAGUAGAAUCCGCAAGAGUCAGGGAGAAAGUGGCAUCAAACGUUUCAUGCCAAUGCUUUCCGGCGGCACCACGUCGCACUCGAAUUCAGCGUCUGGGUUACCCGGAGGUCCACGCCGAACGGAUGGCGAGACGGACGUCGAAAUAUCUGGCCCUGGGGCCGGAGACGACAAGAGAUGGGAGACUGACAGUACGGGGAGCCAAGCGAAAAUCGUCAAAACGACUGUCGUUAGUGCUGCGUGGGAAGAGGCAGAGAGACACAGCAGAGAAGCAUCAUGCGAUGAGAUAGUGAUAUCACGAGAUGUACGAUGA